UGAACCAGCUUGAGCAGGCUUGUUGGAUUUGUGUGUGUUAGCAAGGAAUUCCAAGCUCAUCGGUUCUGAUAUAUUCAAGUGCACUGAUCAGCAGCUGCAAAAGGCGGCUACCCGAUGGACAGAAAAGCAAAUGCGGAGAUUUGACCGAAAAGCUUCGAAAGAAUGCAGCAACUGUUAUCGGUGGGAGCAAGCAUGCUUGGGAGGCACAAUGCUCUCUAGUAUGACCCCUAGAAGGGAUAUUGGUCAGAUGAUCUCAGAAUUCAGUGGACCCAAGGUCGAGCCAGUUGGGGGUGUGAAACCUUACAUUGUUCGCUGGAACGGUACGGAUCUUUCGGAGAUGUUCGAUUUCUCGGAUCAGAAAUCGAGCUAUACAAGUUCCCAGGCGGACCCGAGCAGCGAGUCAAUGGGCUCGUCGCUGCCUUACUCAAGGCACAGAUGGAUUUCUUUGCCUAUCUGGUCGCAAAAUCAGCGGUUGUUCGGACCAUCGAGCUAUUCAACGUACCAUUUGUGCUUGAGGAAAUCAGCUGUUUACGUCAUGAAAAUAGCCUCGAAUAGUGGCUAUUAUGAAGGGAGACGACAGUACGCUGCGCUAUCAUAUAGUAGCAAAAGAGAACGGACACCGCGCGAUCAACUUCAUCAAAUUAUGAACUCUUGUCUGACGAGAUCAUAUCAGUCGUCAUAUUCCCAUCUCGUUGUUAAACUUGUUGACCUAUUCGGCUCUUCGAUAAUCGUGAGUCUUGACCCUAUCAACAGCUUGAGUUCGGUGGAAGCUUCGGCCUUUUCUUCGGGGCGCUGAAUGCUACUCUCAAAUACAAGCCACAUCGUCUGUUAUCAAGGAAGUCUAAUUCCAGGUACCUUCGGGCUAUGCCAUCUCCGAAUCGCUACUCUCCCGGAUUUGGGUAUAUUUUUCCUACUGCCAGCCAAUAGUGUCAAAGGAUGCCCCUGGAAAGGAGACCUUUGCAGCUAGUGGUCAGGUUGCUAAGUCUGCUAUCGAAGGCCAUCUCACCGAACCCAGCC